AGCGCGCAAUCGUGUUGGUGGUUCUGGGGGCCAGCCGGCCUCCCUCACGCGGCUUCCAGGUUCUGCUGGCAGAGUGCUGGAGCCGGGCUUCUCAUAAUUCUUACUCUCACUUUCAGUUUGCCUUGGUCCGUGAUCGCAAUUCGAUCGAAAGCGGUGGAGUGCAUUCGAGCGUCGGUUUGUCGGUUCGUCGUUCUUUAUCACUGCCGACUGUAACGUGUGAAGCGCCUCGUUACUGAUAGCAAACACUCUUUCUAACGCCUUUAAAAUGAUUUAUUGAAUUAAUUCACGCCGAUUGUGAUUAAACGUUAUAGCUGUGGAACUGUAACGCGAUUUUGAACGCCUCGGCCUCGUGUAAAAACAAUCUUCUGGCAUGCGAUCAAAAGGAUACAAAUUGUGUGACCAUCUUGUGCCCAUUGAUGUGUUCCGCAGCUCAAUGAUCAUCACGAUCACGCCUUGCUGAUGAUUGAUUUAAAUUCGCUACCACUACAGUAGUGCGAAGUGACGUGCCUGUGGAAGAUGGUCAAAGAUUCAGCUGCAUAAAUAUUUGAAAUCAAUUGCUGGUCCCUUAGCUGCUGCCGACAAAGCAUAAAUAUACACAGAUCAUGAUGAGUGAUCCACCGCUGACCAAUCACCAUCCGCUGCUGCUGGUCGAUCAACCGUUCGAACCAGUGGAGGAUGGCGUGUUCUGCUCCGAAGAAAUAUCGAUCGUGGCCGCCUCGAGCGCCACUUUUAUCGCAGUGCUGGGAACAAUCGGAAAUGUGACGACGCUGUUGGCGCUCGGACGCCGCCAACCGGGUAGCCGUAACCGACGGCGCCAACCAACGACGGAUUUCGUUCUUUCCUUGGCCACCGCUGAUCUACUCUUCUGCAUUGCCGUCAUGCCUCUCAUGGCACUGCGAUACGGUCGUCGACGGUGGCCUUUUUUGAAUGAUAGUCUCUGGUGUCGGUUGUUUCCGGUUGCUCUCUACGGGACGGUGGCCACAUCCGUGCUCAGUCUCGUGGCCCUUACCGUGAACCGGUACGUGUUGAUCGUACACCCUAGUUGGUAUAGUGCAGUUUACAGGAGGCCCGGCAUGGUUCCGCUGCAAUUGGCAAUGUGUUGGGCCAUACCGUACGGUUUGAUGGCACUGCCUUUGUUCGAAUUCUGGGGCCGACUCGGGUUUGACUAUCGCACGUUCUCCUGCACUGUACUGCCGACAGUUUCCGUUUCGAACCACGCUACGAGCCAAUUCGCGGCUAGCCCUAAGAAGUUCAUAUUUAUCGUUGGUUUCGCAUUGCCUUUCUGUGCGAUCGUGCUCUGCUACACGGCCAUCAUUGGAGCUGUGCGAAGGCAACGGCGAAAUAUGCAGCGACACGCGGCCAAAUCCACAUCUGCGCCAAUGUCUCCACCGAACAGUAGUAUGGCCGCCAACAACGAUGAUGACGAGCGGCACCUAACGCGAACAACGGCGGCAAUAUUCGGAUGUUUCAUGAUGUGCUUCCUACCGCUUACGAUUGCCAAUUUGCUGCUGGAAGACAAGCAUUCUGGUGGAGCAGGAGGAGAUCUUCAAGUGCUGGCCUCGAUCCUCACCUGGCACUCGGCCGUUCUCAACCCCUUCAUUUAUGCGCUCGGUAGCAGGCAUUAUCGAAAUGCUUAUUGGUCGGUGCUGCGAUGCAAUGGCUGUCGGAACGGAAACUCCAAAGGACGGAUAACUUUAAGAAGCCACCGUAAUACAGUGAUGUCGCCAAAUGUUGUAAAAGCAACCAAAUUUCGUGCAACAACUGCCGACAUGACUGGCAGUGGUACGCAAACUAAUUCCGAGGUAUAGCGAAGCCUUUAUGCGAUUAGAGAAGAUCGAACAACUGAUAACAAAUGCUGAUUGCCAAAAUCUUAAGUAGUUUACGUGGAUAUACUGUGUAUUUUUAACCCAUUCCCCAUACAAUAAAAGUA